UACUGAGUUGCGCUGCCCUCACACGCGCGCGUUGAGGGGUGCUGUGAUGCCAUGCCAAGUUGGGAAUGACGGAGCACGGGUCCACCCCGGCCUUUGCACUCUUGACGGAUGCCCCCGGUGUUUGCACAGGGCAACGCCAGACCGUCCAUGAGCCGUUCGAGCUUGACUCGUGGUGGCUUAACCCUCCAGGCCUCCCGCACCAGCAUUCUCUCUGGACACCAUGUCCGGAGGAAUGCCCGGUCCGAAUGCACAUACCGCAGCAAACCUGCGAAUUCACCUGUGUCAACGGCACCCCGGGCAGCUGCACGAAUCCGGCCAUGAACGUGGCGGACCUUACGCGGAAGAGAUGUAGGCACUGCGAAACUCCGGGCUGCCAGCUUUGCAGUUUUGACGACCGCUGCCGGCAGUGCGCUAUGGGCUUUUACUUGGACGAGGAUGCCGACCGAUGCCACAGCCGUUUCGCCUUCUUUGUUCCAUGCGUCUACGGCCUCCUGAGCCUGGCGCUGGCGACCCUUUUCUCUUGGUACGUGUGGCUUCGGCGGCUGCCGGUGAUCAACGCUCGAGUGUUGAAGCGGGCGCUCAUGCGGCGGCAGCACUUGAACUUGCGAGAUCACACAACCCAGCGACACGAUUGGUACCCUUUGUCCACCAACCUAUGCCGCCCGAGAGCUGACGGUCAUACAGUCGGUGGACGUGCGACGACCUUUUUCUUCAGUUUUCAGGCUUUUGUUCUCUGUUGGUGUGUGUGUGCAGCCUUGGGCUGGAUAGUGAGCUCUUGGGUGUUCAGCGAGCGGAUGCUGAGCGAAGGCAGGGUGUCAGCCAAGAAGGAGGACGUCUACUCCAUUUGCGGCUCCACUUUGAAGCAGCUGGAAGCAGACCAAAGGCGUUUUGUCAAACUUGGCAAGCUGACGUACACCAUCCUUUUGUAUAUUUUCACCACUUGCGCGUCCGUUGCGUAUGCCACCUACCAGUGCCGCCGGCGCGUUCGCCUGGACACUGGCGAGGCGACCAUGAAGGACUUUGCGCUGAUGCUUUCGGGCUUUCCGCCCGAGACGGGGCCAGAGGUCGAGCGGCAUCGCGCUGCUUUCAUUCGCCAGACUACCGGGUGUGAUCCCAUUGGCGUAUCGAUUUGCUGGGUGUACGACGACAAAGAGGUCAAAGAACUUCUGGCCAGGGAGACUUGGCUUUGGGGCAAGGGCCGGGACAGCUGCGACAUGAAGGCAACCAGUUCCGACCUGCGGCCAUCCCAGGGGCAAGAUACAGGUUCUGGGCCUUUGCAGGUUUUCUUCCAGAACCUCACCCGCCUCCUAGCCCCGCCCCUGCAGCCUGAGGACACGGAGCUGGAGGCGCGGCGGCAUGAAGAUCGUGCCACUGCCGCGGCUGCCGGCGCCACGUCAACAAGCUCUAUGUACGUCAUCUUUCGGUGGGAGGCUGAACGAGAUCGUGCCAAAGCCGCCUUCUUGUCAGACACUUCAGUUCCGCUCUACAAAGCGCGCUAUAGGAUCAGAUUUGACCGCAGCGGAAAUGGGUCAGAGCCAGAGAGCGUGCUUUGGCAGAACUUUGCCAAGGAGGUCAAGGCUGUGCCAUUCAGAACUCUGGCCUCCGUGUUCGGCAUUGCCGUUGCCAUCAUGCUCUGGGGCGUGCUCUUUUACUUCCCAUUCGCCAUGUAUGAAGCCUGGUCCUAUUCCGUUCUUGGCGAGCCGUCAGACUUUACAACGGAGACAACCUUCAGCAUGCUGGUGGUGGCCGGCAAUCAGAUCCUUUACCUGCUGUGCGACAAAGCCUCGCGCUUCAUUGGGUUUCGAUUUGCCAGCCACCAACUGACAGCCUACAUCGGGCUGUACACGCUGGCGCUGCUCUCCAACCUGGCCAUCGACAUGGCCAUCCUGUUCUACACCACCACGGUGGCAAUGGAGAACUUAGGACUUGAUGUGACUUCGAGCUCCUUCCUUCUAAACGAGGAUGAGCGGGUAAGUUACCCUGCGAUUGCGCGGCUUGGUGCGCGCCUGAUGGCCUACAACUUCCCGGCCUGCUUCUUGCUGCCCUUCCUGUGUGAAGCUUUGUUCACUCUGGUCCUGCCGUACCAUGUUUACAAGAAACUCCUGGGCACCCAGCCGAUCAGCCAGAAGGGGGCAGAUGCCUGCCUGAUGCCAAUGAUAUUUGACAUGUCGCGCUAUGCCGACGUAGUCCUCAACAUGACCCAAGCCACAGUUUCCCUCUUUUUCAGCCCAGGCUAUGUCUUACCCACACUGCUUGGCAUGCUGCUGGGGCAUACCUGUGUAUUUGCGUGGGAUCAUUACAGGGUGCUCCGACAUGUGCGCAACUUCAGGUUUACGUCCUUCCGCACGGAGAAGGCCGCGCAGCGCCUGCUCUCCCUUCCGGGGGCCAGCCUGUCAGCGUGCCUGGUGCUGCAGCUUAUCCAGGUCAAUUUGGUGACGCUUUCCACCAAGAACUCGGCUUGCCUAAUUGUGGCAGCCGCGGGCUUGCACACCGCCGGGUACCUGCUGGUGCUUGAGUUCGUUGUGCCCUGGCUUGGCCGGGCUCAUCACGAGCCUGCUGCGCAACGUUACGAACAGGUGGCAAAGGUCUUUCCCGGAAAUUGGUUCAACACGAACCCCAUGCACUGCCUGCGGUCCAGGUACGUGCAUCAGCACAAGCCCCCCUGCAUCUUUUACCAGAUUGGCAAGGAGCAUCUUCUCGAGCCAAAUCCCAAGCUUGGCCUCUUCUACAGUGCCCCCCAGUGGAACAACGAGCAGACGUCGACCAUGGUGGAGCUGUCGCGGCUCGCCCGGCAGUCCUUGGGCGGAGCAUUGGUAUCCCAGGCUGCGAUUCAUUUGGUGCAGGAUGCAUGUUCGCCCGCGUCUGGGAGCAGGAAUCCGAGCCCGGGCGGACGCGACCCCUCGGUCUUUCCACGGUGCGAGGAGGGGGAGGAGGAGGUGGGCCAUGGUCAUCUGGUUGAAGCUGGCAGGGCUUCGGAGUCCAGUGAGCGGCGUGAGGCUAGUAGAGGUGCCGGAAAGCCUCGGAAGAGUGUGGUGACCUUUGCGUUCAGCGUGGAUGAGGCCUGAAGAAGUCUGAGUGUCCCUGGACACCCUGAGCGCAACCCAGGGGCUGAAGAGCUUUGCAGCGUUCAGUUCAGCGUGCUGGGUGUCAAGGGCCAGCCGUGCUGGAAGCAGAGGGCCUGGUUUUGCCUGGCCCGCGGUUGCAGAGGGAGGCACCAAAGAAGUGCUCCCGUCCCACCUGCUGACAUGGCAUUCUCAAUCAUUGAUCGCUGGGUCCAUCAGGACGCCGGGUAAAGCG